AGUGAGGUUGCCUUCGUCUCACUUCACUGAAGCUACUCCGCUUGGUAACGGCCAUUUUCUCCGUCAGACGUCGUCAGUCGGAGCGCAUAUAAAAGCUCUGGAGCUCUUUUUCAUCCCUCACGGCUACCCUGCUCGCCUUCUGAAGAAAGCACGACGAGUCCCUUUGGAAGGAGGGAAGCUUUUGCAGAGAGGAGAGCCGCUGCAUGAAGGAGGAAGAUGGUCAGAUGAGUCGAUGAGCGCAGUUCUUUUUUCCCGCCGAAUCUCCAAUCAAAGCAUUCACCGCUCCCUUCUGACUGAGGUUUUGGGAAGAUUUGGUUUGGUGGAUGUGAAGAGGUCUAUUCAGUGACGAUUUCUUGGGGUUUUUAGUGUGUAAAGAAGGAAGAUGUCGUCCGCAGGAAUUGCAGUUAGCCAUUUUAGGGUGGAUCAGGUUCUUUCUCCGGUCCGGACAGAACGGAGUCCUUCGCUGCUUCACUUUGAGAAAUCCGUCCUGAUCUACCUUACCUUCCCGGGCUCAUCGGUGAUGCCGAUGAGAGUUCUUGAAUCUGAUUCAAUUGCCUCCAUCAAGCUUCGAAUCCAGAGCUACUCAGGAUAUGUUGUUAGGGAUCAGAGGCUUGUGUUUGAUGGUAGGGAGCUAUCCCGGAAUGAUUGGCUUGUCCGCGACUAUGGUUUGUCGGAUGGGAAUGUCAUUCAUCUUGUAAUCCGUCUAUCGGACUUCCGAUUAAUCACUGUAAAUGAUACCCGUGGCAAGAAAUUUGAGUUCCAGGUUGAACAGAAUCGGAAUGUUGCGUAUAUUAAGGAUCUGAUUGCUAAGAAAGCUAAAGAUUUAGUGGAUAUUAAAUAUCAAAAGCUUGUCUAUGAAGGAGAGGAGCUUGACGAUCAGCUGCUGAUAAGUGAGAUUUGCAAUAAUAUUGAUUCCGGCAUCAGCCUGUAUAUCCGUGAGCCCGCAAAGGUUGGAACUAAGCUUUUUGAGAGGGAUUUUAAGCUAACUAUUGAUGCUCUAAGAGGUGAGGGGAAGAGAGCUAAUGAUUUGAAGAUAGUUACCACCGAAUCGUUUCACAAACCUGCUUGGAUUGAGCCAGUUAUUGUAAACUCUAAGAUCAAGCUCUCUCCAAUGCUCGAGGAGCUAAUAAAUGCAACAGAUGCUGGCCUAAAGCAGCGAAUCAAGCCAGUCAUGACGUCAGAAGGUUCAGGUGGAGUUUACUUUAUGAAGGAAGGUUCAGGUCGGAAGAAUGUGGCUGUUUUCAAACCAAUCGAUGAGGAACCAAUGGCUGAGAAAAAUCCUCGUGGACUUACAAUAUCUCUUGAUGGUGAAGGGCUGAAAAGGGGGACGCGUGUGGGAGAAGGUGCACUGAGGGAAGUUGCAGCUUACAUCCUCGAUCAUCCGGCGAGCGGUUUCCGCAGCUUCCUCUCCGAUGAACAAGGAUUUUCCGGCGUUCCUCCGACAGUCAUGGUCCAGUGCUUGAGCGGGGGCAUGGACGAUCCUUUUGAAACGAAGGAUUUCAAGAUCGGAUCACUACAGAUGUUCGUUAAGAACUGUGGAAGCUGCGAAGAUAUCGGUCCUCGAACAUUUCCUGUGGAGGAGGUUCACAAGAUUGCUGUUUUGGAUCUAAGGCUUGUUAAUACAGAUCGCCAUGCGGGGAACAUACUGUUCUGCAGGGAUGGAGAAGCCGGAAAAAUCUCUCUGGUUCCCAUUGAUCAUGGUUACUGCUUACCUGAACACUUCGAAGAUUGCACAUUCGACUGGCUCUUCUGGCCUCAAGCUCGGCAUCCAUUUGAUUCAAGGACAUUGGAUUACAUAAAGUCACUAGAUGCAGAGAAGGAUCUGGCCCUCCUCAAGUUCUAUGGCUGGGAGCCGUCGCCUGACUGCGCUCAAACGUUUCACAUCUCUACCAUGCUGUUGAAGAAAGGAGCCGAAAGAGGGCUCACUCCCUUUGACAUUGGGAGCAUCUUGUGUAGAGAGACAAUCAACAAGAAAUCCAUGAUUGAAGAAAUGAUUUUGAAAGCCAUGGAUUCAGUUCUUCCAGGCUCCAGCGAAGCUGCUUUCCUGGAAACAAUUUCAGACAUCAUGGAUGGUUAUCUCGACAAACUCACGCAGUAGAAUGGAUUUAUCAGUAAGUAAUAGUAUUCGCGUAUGGAGAAUUUAUUUUCAUGAAUGGCUUUUUCAUGGGUGAUGGUUGGUAGAGGAAGCCCGCUCUAUUUUUGUUGAUAGAUAGAUGUUCUGCUUGGACGCCCCAUUCAGAAACAGGAAUGCGAGGUCUUCGAGAAGAUGCAUUCUAGGGUUAGUGCGGUUAUCAGUUAUGCUCCUUUUUUAGCAGCUCUGCUGGUGAAUUUUUUUUAAUUGGGGGCAGAAAUACAUGUCCCCAUUAUUUUGUGAUUUUCAGAACAGUUUUUUCUUCAGAUUCAUGUCAGGGAUGUGGAGCAAAAAAAAAAAAAAAACUCAUUUCUUUGAUCUGAAUAUAGAAAUGAACUGGUGGUGUUUUUGUCCUGAUCAGUUGGAGAGUUUUAUGUAAUUAUAUGAUUUAAAUUUUG